AGGGCCGGCCGAGCUGGGCUUGGGCGUCCGCGUCGCUCCCGCGCUGGGGCCACUCGUCCGGCCUCCUCCGCGGGCCGCGGUCUGCUGUGCCGGCGGCUGAGGGCCGCCCGCCGCGCGGCGUCGGCUGUGGCGUUUGCGGGCAUUGUGUCGUGACGGUGACGCCCGGUAGUGGUUUCCGCGACAGCGGGUGCGGCUGCUUUAGCCCGGCCUGGGCUCCGCGGCCGCCUGGAGGGUCUCUGCAGCGCCCACCCCUUCUCCUCCAGGACCCCACGCCAGCAGCGACCCUGAGCCAACAGCCGGAGCGACCGGCAAUGGCGGCCUCGACGGCCUCGCACCGGCCCAUCAAGGGAAUCCUGAAGAACAAGACCUCUGCGGCUUCCCCGGUGGUGGCCUCGGCCGAACAGCCCCGCCGGACCGUCGAAGAGGAGCUGAGUAAAAAGUCCCAGAAGUGGGAUGAAAUGAACAUCCUGGCAACAUAUCAUCCAGCUGACAAAGACUAUGGUUUGAUGAAAAUAGAUGAGCCAAACACUCCUUACCACAAUAUGAUAGGUGAUGAUGAAGAUGCCUUUAGCGAUUCGGAAGGCAACGAAGUUAUGACUCCAGAUAUCUUAGCUAAGAAAUUAGCUGCUGCUGAAGGCUCGGAGCCAAAGUAUCGGACUCGGGAACAGGAUAGCAGUGGAGAGGAAGAUAAUGACCUCUCCCCUGAAGAGCGAGAAAAGAAACGACAGUUUGAAAUGAAAAGAAAGCUUCACUACAACGAAGGACUGAAUAUUAAAUUAGCUAGACAGUUAAUUUCAAAAGACCUGCAUGAUGAUGAGGACGAAGAUGAAGAAAUGUCAGAGACUGCAGAUGGAGACAGCAUGACUAUUGAAGAGCCAAAUCAAGGAUCUACCACAAGUGACCAUCUGCAAAACAAAUCACAAAGUUCAUAAAAGAAAUGUGUUCAGCAACGCAGUCAGUCGUUUGUCCAAUACAAACCUUGUUACUAUACCACACUGCUUCUUGUUCUCUACAAUUCGUGACUUAUGUACCAAAAUACACACCAGUUACACAUUGCCAAGAAUUAAGUGAUAACCAUAGAGACUGAUUAGACGGAAAAUGCCUAAUUAAUGCAUAUAUUCUUGUGCCUCAUACUUCACCAGAAAUACAGUGUAAUGUCAUUAGUCCAAAACUGCUUUACUUUUGUAAGAACACUGGUUAAUUUGUAUAUGAUAUUAUAUAGCUUUUUAUGCUUUAGAGAUUAAAUAAUGUCACUGGGGGAAACUAAUUUAUUUUUGUCACUUCUAGAUGAAGGUACCUCUUAUAAAAUGUUUGAAGGUUAGUUUGAUGUUUUUUUCUUCUUUCAAUCAAAAGCCUAUUGGAACAGUGGGAUAUAUUGGUAGAUAAAUAUUUAGGCAGAAAGAUAUUUUUUGACAUUUAUCUUUAGCAUGUUUUGGCUAGUUGAGAAGGAGUCUUAAGAGUUACUGUUCAUUUUCUGAUUGAGACCUUUAAAAUUCCUGUUGAUUUUCUUUGUUCUCAAAAGGAAUGAACUUCUUUUCAUCCAAACUGGUUUCCCCCACUCCCAACCUCACUCAAAUAAAUGACCAGGUUCAAGUUGCACUGACAUCUGCUCUGCUUGUUUGGGUGCGCUGGGCAGACUUCAGAUGAGGUUUUUAUACCGUGUGCUAUCCUAGCCGUCCCUUUAUUUAUGGACCUGUCUUACCCUGCUCUUGUUCCCUGCGCCCUUCUGCCUGUGCACAGACAGUUGUAAAGAUUGUAUUCUGGGGUGGCAAAGGCUGUUGGGCGUGAGAAACUCUUCUCUCACAGCCUUGUGAGAAGGCUGCGGUGACGAAGUCUCCCUUUGACCCCUGCUAGUUCUGAACAUGAAGGAAUAGGUGAAGUAGCCAUGCCACAGCAGGAAGGACAGCUAAGCAGCCUGGUCUCUCUGUACCUCUCUGACAGCUUGGUCAGGAAAUUGCUAAUAUUAGUUCACUUGACUUUAGACCUUAGAAAACAAUUAACUGAGGCUCUUUUGCACGAUGAAAGAAUUAUAUGUAAUCAGAAUUUGAUUGUUCCUGAAUGUACAGACAGAAUUAUGCCUGAACAUUUUUAAAUUUAAAGGUUCUGAGGAGUCCCUGCUUCAAGGGACUACGAUAAUGCACACUGACAGAUGAACUUGGUUCCUCUAACAUGGUAGAAAUUAUUUGGAUUUUUUUCCCCUGAAAGGAAAAGUGUAGUUCCUGUGUGUCUUGGUUUAGUGAUGAUUUCAUUUGUAGUCAUUUAUUUGUAUCGCAAGUUUUUGGUAGCACCAAAUGAAUCUGUUGUAUGACAGACUUUUAAAAUAACUUCUGUAUAUUAUAUAUAUGAAAUGGCUUUUAUUGAACAGCUAUCUUCCACUUUAAAUUUAUGGAACUAUCAUGAUGUCAAAAUAAAAAAGUGGGAAGAGUCUUUGCUGUUAGAAGAAUAUGCUUAUUUGGAAUGUCUUUUUUCUUUUUUUAAUGGGAUCGAACGAGAGUAGCUCUGAAAUGUUAGUACAGUAUUCUGACCUAACAUUUUAGCUAGUGAACUACUGAUGUACACACUAAGAAAUGUAUACCUCUUCUUUGUAAAUUAAGCCUGUUUGUGGGGUGUGGAAAUUCAGUCUGUAUAUAUGUAUGUGAAUAUGUUCAUGUACCCAGA